UUCCUCUGGCUUAUUAUUCAUGUCCGCGAUUCCUCUAUAUCGUCAAAUAGGUUUAUCUGAAAAGAAAAAAAUAAAUAUAUACCGACGAGGAUGGGAUUCGAACCCACGCGUGCAGAGCACAAUGGAUUAGCAGUCCAUCGCCUUAACCACUCGGCCACCUCGUCUGAAAGCACCCGUCAUCAUGACACAAAUAAACCAGCAGGAUUUGUCAAAGACAGUUCAGUAUUCUGUGCACGGCUGUAUGCCAUAGUUUUUAUGUAUAACAUUGUGUGUUGGUCUCGAAAAUUGCCGUCUGUGAACGCUUUACAUUACAAGGAUACCCCCGCCGCUUGAAACGUAAUAACACCGUUUCCAGCGGCGCUUUUAGUCCCGACUUUACGGCUGUUACACAUCGACAUGCGCCGCAGUCGCAGCAGCUGCUCAGCCAACCAGCGCUUUGUUGUGAUUUAAUGGAUCACAGAAUCUACUCCGCGACAUCGAUCUCCCUGCUACUUUGAAUCGUUCGAAAUGCUCAUUUAAUCCAACACGACAUCCAAGCAGGGGUUCAAUCCGACACAGCCCUGUUAGGCUGUGCUGUUAGCAGCGUGGCUGGGAUGUAGUCAACGUUAGCUGGAGCGCCUGGAUACAACCAGCUCCUGAUUUUUUUAUUUAUUUUUUCUUAUUUGACCUGCUUUGUAAGGUUUAUCUGGAAUGCAUUUAUCCAAGAAAUGCUCGGUGUUCAAAGUGGUGCUGAGCGCACUUGUGAUCGUGGCGCUGCUGCAGCUCAUCUACCUGUCCUUCCUGUCCAGGUUCCAUGGGAAGCAGCAGCGCUACCGCUAUUCGGAGCUCUUCGGAGGCUCCGCGGCCAAGAAGAAUGGCCACUCCGAGAAAAACACGCGGAAGGAGCGGCUCAGGUACUCCCUGUCCACCGGUGGGAUCUUUGACAACAGCGGUCAAUACAGAGUAUACAAAAACUUGAUAAAGAGUGAUUUCACAACCAAUCAGAAACCAGGCUCCCACUCCAAUUCAGAUAUCCUGUCUUUAGCCACUCAUACAACCAUAAACAACCUGCAUCACCUGGAAUCUCUGUUGGAAAGAUGGCAGAACCCUCUCUCUGUGGCUAUAUUUGCACAUGGGGAGGAUGUGAAGUAUGCCACUGCUCUGGCCUAUGCACUCAGCUUCUUCUGCCCUAAGAUCCAAGCCCUGGUGGAUUUCCACUUGGUCUGCCUGUCAGGAGAGACGGCCAGUUUCCCUGAACAGGACAUGGAGCACUUUGCUGGAUUGGAAGACUGUGCUUCUGUCUUCUCAAGGCUGGAAACCCACAGAGAUGAACACCAAAACUACGCCAUGAGUGGAAACAUCUCCUACCCUAACAACCUUCUCCGUAACGUUGCCCGAGGUGGCACCGAGUCCUCCUACAUCCUGGUAAUUGAUAUGGACAUGAUGCCCAGCGCUGACCUCCACCAGCAGUUCCUCGCCAUGAUCCUGAGGAGGCCGCCGGCGAGUGACCAGGUGUUCGUCCUGCCGUCUUUUGAGAUCCGGCACGCCAGGAAGAUUCCCUCGACGAAGGCGGAGUUGGUACAGCUCUACCAGGUCGGGGAGGUCCGUCCCUUUUAUGAGGAGUUGUGUCCACGCUGUCAGGCUCCCACCAACUACUCUCAGUGGGUCAACAGCUAUGUGAGAGAGACGGGCCCUUUGGAAGUUGCUUACACGCUCAGCUGGGUGGAUCCUUGGGAGCCGUUCUACAUCGGGCCUCGCAGCGUCCCCCUAUAUGAUGAGAGCUUCAAGCAGUAUGGCUUCAAUAGAAUCAGUCAGGCGUGCGAGCUGCACGUGGCCGGAUACAGGUUCUCUGUGCUCAGCUCUGCUUUCGUUGUGCACCGCGGCUUCAAAAUCCAGGGGGAGUUCCAUGCUAAGAAGGAGGAGGAGAACAAACAGAACCGGAUUUUGUUUCGCAGCUUCAAAGAGGGUCUGAAAACCAAAUACCCAUCCUCUACCCGGCGAUGCUGAGGGAAAAAAAAAA